UUUUUUUUUCUAAAACCCUUUCUUUCCAUUCUGCUGUCUUUGCCCUUUUUUUGGUGUAUUGGAAAGUGGGUUUUUGUUUGCUUUGUAGUGGUUUUUAGUCUGGGAGUUUGAGGUCAAGAUUGUUCUGGUUCAAGUUGUGCGGUUUCUUUAGGGGUUUUUAUUGUGUUAAGAUAUUGGGUUAUUUCAGUUUGUGUUAAAGUUAUAUUUUUUUUUAUGCCGAAGGUUUAGCGCCUGAUGAUUAUUGCAGGAAAUUUUAGCUUGCUAAAAAUGUAGUUUUGGCUUGUUUAGUGAUAUUUCUUUUAGUCUUUUGCUUUGCCUUGGUGCUCUUCUUUUCGCUAUAGUAGGUGCAUUUUGCUGAGUCUGAAGGAUUGCGUAUUAGUUCUUUUUUGUUAUAGUAGGUGCAUUAUGGCUUGGUGCUUUCUUCAAUUUUGGUGUUUUGAGCCCGCUGAUAAAUCAUCAAUCGACUUUUUCUAGAACUUUGUUUGGUUUCUCUGAUAUAGUGGGGGAAAAUAAUAAAGUAUUAAAGUUUGAUUAGUACAACCCAGAAUCAAAAUCAAACAUAAUGGCAGUUACUGUACUAUUCUACAAUCUUUGGUCAGUGAUCUUGAUGCAUGACAAGUAAGCUGCUUAUCUUUGUGUGUGUCAUAAAAUUGGUAUUAUGAUCCUCGUUGACUUGUCUGACCUAAUUCUCUCUUUUGGCAUUAUGACGUUGGAUAGCAUUCACGAUUAUGCCUUUCUAGUGGUUCUUGUCAUGGCGGGCAUGGUGAACUAGUGACCCUGGAUAGUCACACCUGGAAUAGUAGGACAAUCUAGCAGUUUUCCUCAUUUUGUUAAUUAUCAAUGUUAAGAGGGGAUCGCUGUCUUUCUUGUUGUUUAGGCAACUUUCAUCUAAUUGAUACAUUUCAUGUAGUAAGGAGAAAAAGAGAUCAUAAGAAAGAGAGCAUUGGGUACCAAGGUUCCAUGGAUCCAAGAAAACGUUCUGAGAAUGUUGGUCAAGGGAUGAAAUUUCGUACAUAUCCUGAACGUGGUUCUAGAAAAGGAGGCUAUACUUGGAAUGCUAUGCCUGAUGCAGGAGUCAACAGAGAGUUUCGUGUUGUGAGGGACAACAGAGUCGAUCAAAAUGCAAAUAAAGAUGUAAAGCCUCCUUUCUCACAGUACUCAACUUCUGAAAAUGAGCAAGUGCUUGUGAAUGUUGCUGAAAAGGGUUCAACGGGAAUGCCAAGCAAUCAGAGGCCUCAGAGUAAAUCUCAAACUACUAAUGUGCCAUCCAGUUCACAACCAAGGCAUGCUCGGGAUGCAAAUUCAAAUGGUAUUGAUAGGAAAGAAAUAUUGGGCGAAAAGCGAACUUUUAUUCCUAAUGCUGUUUCAUGGUCACAGCCAGUGAAGCCCAAUAAUAGUCGUGCACAUUUUGCCCCUCAAUCAUCAAGCAGCUCGGUUGUUGGGGUUUAUUCGUCCUCAACAGAUCCUGUUCAUGUGCCUUCCCCUGAUUCCAGAUCAUCUGGUGUUGUUGGAGCUAUCAAGCGUGAAGUUGGGGUUGUGGGUGUUCGCCGUCAGCUUUCUGAAAAUACUAUCAAAGAUUCACAUGGAACAACUGGUUCUCUCUCCAAUACGCAUGUGGGGAGGGACACUUCAUCAGAGGCAUUUCGACCUUUUCCUGGAAUUUCUAGAGCAGACCAGCUCAGUCAUAUAAGUGCAGCUGAAUCUGUCGUGCCUGAGAUUUCUGGAAGCAGGUCAUUCGUGAGCAAUCAGUAUGGGAGCAGGCAAUAUCAACAAGUUUUAGGUCAUCAAAAAGCUAACCAACAUAAUAAAGAGUGGAAACCAAAAUCAAGCCAAAAAUCAAGUGUUAAUAAUCCUGGAGUUAUUGGAACACCUAAGUCUGCUUCACCUCCUGUUGAUGAUGCCAAGGUCUUGGAUUCAGGAAUAGCUGAAUUGCGAGAUAAGUUUUCUCAAGUAAAUAUCUGUGAAAAUGAGAACGUUAUCAUAGCGCAACAUAUUCGAGUCCCGGAGAAUGAUCACCGUCGACUUACUUUUGGCAGCUUUGGAGUGGAAUUUGAUUCGUCAAGGACUUUUGUGUCAGGUCUUCAAGCCACUGGUGUUGCCAGAGACUCAAAUGGGGAAUCUGCUGCUAGGUUGAUCUUUUCUUCCAAUUUGUCUGUGUCCACUCCCGAUACUUCCAGUGAAGAUGCUGCUGGUGGCAGGCCCAUUGAAAUUUUAGAUGAUCAACUUAGAAAUUCUGGAUCUGAUUCUCCACCCUCUGGUACUGCAUCUGAGCAUCAAUUGGCUGACAAGGAGGACACUUCAAGUCCCCAUAAUUUGGAAAGUUAUGCCGAUAUUGGAAUGGUCCAGGACAACAGUCCAUCCUAUGCUCUUUCCGAGUCACAACAGCAGCAAGAUCCUCCUGAGUUACCUAGUUUUUCACAGGCAUAUGAUCCCCAAACUGGUUAUGAUUUUCCAUAUUUCAGAGCCCCAAUAGAUGAAACUGCGAGAGGACAGGGUCUACUAUCUCCUCAGGAGGCUUUAAGCAUGCAUGCUGCCAACAUCCCUGCAUCAACAAUACCAAUGGUGCAGCAGCGACAGCCACCAGUAGCACAGAUGUAUCCUCAAGUUCAUCUGCCCCAUUUUACUAAUCUUAUGCCGUAUCGUCAGUUUGUCUCCCCAAUUUAUCUACCACAGAUGGCGAUGCCAGGUUAUUCCAGUAACCCUGCUUAUCCACAUCCUUCGAAUGGUAGCAGCUAUUUGCUCAUGCCAGGAGGUAGUUCUCAUCUUAAUGCAAAUGGCCUCAAGUAUGGGAUUCAGCAGUUCAAACCACUUCCUGCUGGUAGUCCUACUGGGUUUGGAAAUUUUAACAGUCCAUCUGGUUACACAAUCAAUGCUUCUGGUGUAGUUGGGAAUGCAACAGGUCUUGAAGACUCAUCUCGGAUCAAAUAUAAAGAUGGCAAUAUCUAUGUUCAAAAUCAACAGGCUGAUACAUCAGAUCUCUGGAUUCAAAACCCGAGGGAGCUACCUGGCUUGCAAUCUUCUCCAUACUACAAUCUGCCACAAACACCUCAUGGUUAUAUGCCAUCUCACACAGGCCAUGCUUCGUUUAAUGCUGCUGCGGCACAGUCUUCUCACAUGCAAUUCUCGGGGUUGUAUCAUCCUCCUCCACAGCCUGCCGCAAUGGCAAACCCACAUCAUCUAGGCCCUGUCAUGGGUGCUAAUGUUGGUGUUGGGGUUGCUCCGGCUACUCCUGGGCCUCAAGUAGGUGUUUACCAACCGCCUCAAUUGGGUCAUCCUAACUGGACAACAAACUUCUGAAUGGUAUCAAGCUAACCCUUUCUCUUAUAAGGGAGUGAAGUAGCGAUAGAAAGUUUAAAGUUUUAUUUGUUAAAUAACCCACAAUCUUUUUAAUUCAAUGCAUAAUUGGUGUUUAAUCUCCUGUUUUCGUGACUGUUCUUAUUAAAUUGCACUAAAGCCACCCACAUAAACUUGUGCUGUCCAGGCUAUCUUUCUUGUUUAAAUUGGCAGAUUAAGAAAGAAGCCACCCACAAAAGUUUUCUUAGUAACUGUGGAUAUUGUGUAAUCAGAAACCAAAUAUGAUCUGAAUUGAAGAGUUUUUUAGAAAGCAAUGUGGGAGGUAUAACGAUUUUCCUCAAAGGAUUUUAUGUAAAUUAUAUGCUUGAUAAAAAAUAUUGUUUGCUCUUAGCUGCCAAAUUUGGGUUUGAUUUACUUGGUCUAUUAGGCACAAUUAGUACUUUUGUGGGAUUUGUAUGGGAGCUUGACUGACUAAACAGAGCAAAAAUCAGAACUUAUAACAUAUUACCCACCCUGCACUCAUUCACCUAAGCUUUCUCUUUUGAUUUUCAUAAUUUAAUGUAGCAGUCAGUGGUGGAUCCAGGCCAGGCAUGUGCCUUUAUUUCUUUCAUCCAUUUGUUAUUUUUGAAGGGUUUGCAUUACAUCAGAGGUUCUUUAUGUUUUUUUGUCAUUGUUUAG